GCAAAGGAUAAACCCUACUUACUAACCCUGUAACUACCUAUCUUCUUCACACUCUCUUCGUGCUCCCGCCGUAUUUCACUUCCCCUCUCUUCUCUCUUCUUUUCCUUCCUUCCUUCUGUCAACACCACUUUCUAAUGGCUUCCCUUGCUGGUUCAUCAAUCUCUAUGCAACCUCGCCAGACCCUGGCUACAAGCAGGGUUUCUGGGUUGAAAUUGGUUUCAUUUGUGAACCGGGGAAGAAGCAGCCUCUCCUUUAGGCUGCGUCCAGAUCGCUUGCGGAUUUCAUGUGCUGCCAAACCAGAGACAGUGGAUAAGGUAUGUGAAAUAGUAAGGAAACAACUAGCCCUACCAAGUGACAAAGCAGUCACAGGUGAAUCAAAAUUUGCUGAACUUGGAGCCGAUUCUCUUGAUACGGUCGAGAUUGUGAUGGGGCUUGAGGAAGAGUUUGGAAUCACUGUGGAAGAGGACAAUGCCCAAAGCAUAUCAACUGUUCAUGACGCAGCUGAGCUUAUCGAUAAGCUCUGCGGCGAGAAAAGUGCCUAGAAACAAACCAAGGACCUAAGUUUGGGAUUCAUUUGCCAAUUUAUUUGUGAACUCAUCAUGCCUAUUUAUUUGUUGAAAUCUAGUAAAACUCAUAAAGUGGUUGGUAUUUUAGUUAAAUUGUGGAUUUAACGCUUUUGUGUUGUAAGUCAAGAAAAUACUAUUUGAUCUUCUUUUUCA